AUGGGGAAUGCCGGGUCUAGGGAAAAACCUGUUGCCGUUUUAUUUUUGGUCGCUGUGUUUGUAGUUUUAGCAAUGGUUCUGCGACGUAAACCUGAUAUCUUAAAUAGCAUAUUGCCAGUACUGAGGGAGAAUGUCAAGUAUCAAGGGCAAGAUAAAUUUCCACUUCUUGUAUGGAUGAUUGUUCAGGCUUGUCAAGGAGACUUGGUUGUAGGAAUGUUUGCAUGGGUACAUAACCUCUUGCCUAUAGUCAAUGAAAAAAACUGUAAUCCACAAUCCAGAGAUUUGAUCUUGCAGUUAGUUGAAAGAAUUUUGUCUGCCCCCAAAGCUCGGUCUAUUUUAUUGAAUGGUGCUGUCAGAAAAGGGGAGCGGUGGGUGCCACCUUCAGCUUUUGAGAUGUUGAUGCAAAGCACUUUCCCUGCUCCUUCAGCUCGAGUUAAUGAUACUGAAAGGUUUGAGACAAUAUAUCCCUCCUUGAAGGAGCUGGGACUUUCUGGUGCCCCUGGAAGUAAAGCAAUGAAGCAAGUUUCUCAGCAAAUACUCAGUAUUGCAGUUCAAGCAUCAGGGGAAAGCACUUCUGAACUAUCCAAAGAAGCAGCUGCUGUAUCUGAGUGUUUGACUCGAGACCCUGAUUGCUACAAAAUCUGGGACAAGAUUUACCUGGAUAACAUAGAGGCGAGUGUUGUCAUGCUGCAAAAGCUGUCUGAUGAAUGGAAGGAGCAUUCUAUUAAACAUUCUUCUCUUGAUCCAUUGAAGGAGACUCUCAAGAGUUUCAGACUGAAGAAUGUGAAAGUUUUGGCUAGUGGAGGGGAUACUGGUGAGCAAGCUUCCAUCAAGGACGCUGACAAGUACUGUAAGUCAAUCUUGGGAAGAAUAUCACGUGGCCAUGGCUGCUUGAAGAGUAUGGUGGUGAUUGGGGGAGUUGCUUUGGCUGUGGCCAUCAUGUCCCCAAGCAUGGAGUUCUGGGAUCUGAGCAAGCUACCUGUAAUAUUCAGUGCUCCAGAAUCCAUCUCAGCAAGUUGGUGGCUAAUGGUGAAUGACAGUAACAAGACUUUCACAACAUUCGGCAUAGGAAAUGUUGGGGAUGACUGUCGACAAGAUGUGCUUGCUCUUCAAGUGAUUUCAGUACUCAGAGAUAUUUUUGAAGCAGUUGGACUUAAUCGCUACUUGUUUCCCUAUGGCGUUCUUCCAACUGGUCCAGACUCCAAAGAGGGGCAUAAUCGAGGUAAACUUGUUUCCCCCACUUUAUUGAUGUGUGUCCAGGGACUGGUGGAGGAAGAGAGUGAUGAAGAUAGUGAAUAG